UACUCCUGCCAUGACAGAAAAUACUCCCGCCACGGCAGAAAAAACUCCCGCCACGACAGAAAAAACUCGCGCCUUGACGAAAACAUCUGCAGCUGUGCUCCUUCAAGCAUGGUGGCGUGGCACACUGCUGAGACGCUCGCUGCUGCAUGCUGCCCUCAACGCGUGGAUCAUUCAGUCCUGGUGGAGAAGGAUGCUGGUGAAGUUGUGGGAGAUGAGACGGCGAGCGGUUCUGGAGGUGUAUGCUAAAAAAACAUGGGCAACGGUCAAACUUCAGUCCUGGUACCGGAUGUGGCGCAUCCGCCAACGAUACUGUCGUUUGCUAAAUGCUGUCCGUAUCAUCCAGGUUUAUUGGCGUUGGCAUAGUUGUCACACUCGUGGUUUUAUCCAGGGCAACUAUGAAAUCAAAGAAAACCAACUGAAUAUUCAACUUGAAAUUUCCCUGGGCUCACAGGCUUGCAAGGUGCAGCAAUGUAUAACCCUACCAAUAAAAGAGUGA